UUGCACUCAAAUGAGAAGGGAGCUUAAAAUGAGAAGAAUGAGAAGGAAUCGUGUGCGUUCAUCGUGAUUAAAUCUAACCGCUGAAAACAAAUCAAUCGCGGUUUACUAAUGGCAUUUUCGUAAAUAUGAAAAAAAUCAAAUGAGCAAACUUCUUUCCUCAUUUUCGCGUUUUACUUUUCUCUCUCCUCAUUUCCAGAACUCACGUUUUCUCUCUUCAUUUUCUCUCUCCUCCAUUUUCACUCGCCACCGUGUUCUCCUUCGUCACUUGCUACAACCGUCGCGCCGCCACCAUCUCCAAAUUUGUGACAUUAUCAACGCGUUGUCUUCUCUUCUUCAAAUUUGUAGUAAUUGAGGAAAUUGCGAACAAUUUUUGGCGAAAUUCACUGCUCCGACAACUCUUCGCCGACGGUCACCACUCCGGCGACUUUUAACUCAUCGCCGAUCGUCUCAAUAUCUUCGUCCUCUUCUUUAUAUACAUGUAAAAUGGCUGAUAACACUUCAACACCGAAGUUGCCUAAAGAUGAAAAUGUCACUGCUUCAAAAGCUGCUAAACCGAGCUUGCGAACAGUAUCGUUCAAACAUAUUGCAAGGAAACCUACAAUACCUAUAAAGAAAGAACUACCCAAGUUGUUGACAAGGAUGUCCCCGAAUAGUAUUGCUCAACUGAACAAGACGAUUUCUGCUUCUCAACGAAGUGCAAUCGAGAAUGUAGGCUUUGGGGACCUUUUAUCUUUGAAAAUCUCCAAACUGCCACUACAUCUAGGUUUGUUUCUUGUGGAGAGUUUUGAUGCUAAUACGUGUUGUUUAAGAAUUCACGGAAAUGAAUUCUUCAUCACUGAGAAGGACGUGCACGAGGUGUUGGGGCUUCCUCUAGGUGUUGAAGAGAUCAACUUGGAUAAUGAUUGUAAGGACGUAGAAAUCUUGGAUUGUUGGAAGAAACAAUUCAAGAAGUUCAUGAAGGAGAAAGCAGCGAAAAAAGCAAAAAAAGUUAAGGCAGUUAAAGGUGAAAAUGUGAAGGUGAAGGAGACUUUCACUCAACUGAUUCCUGUUGGGGUUCUUACUGAUCAUUUGAAGUCAAGUAAAGCAUCUUCGGAUAUGUGGUUGAGGAAUUACGUAGUUCUUGUUACUUCGACUCUUAUUCAUGGAGGACAGAACCAAUUUGUUAACUGCUGGAUUCUGCGUUAUUUGAAGGAAAUGAGUCAAAUCAAAAAUUUGAAUUGGUGUAAUUUUGUGCUUCAAUGCUUGGUUAACAGUAAGAUGUACUGGGAAGAGGUAGAGGGAAGAUGGUUUGCUGGAUCUUUGGUAUUUCUUAUGCUGUUCUAUGUGGAUAAAGUUGCCUUAGAGGAAGUGCGUAUUGAAAGAUCACUGCCUAUAAUAAAAGGAUGGAAUUGUAAUAUGCUAUCCACACGAGAAAAACUUGAGAUCGAAUUGGGUAGGAUUGCAUUCCACGGGAUGAAUGAUGCAGUAGAUAAGGGUGAAACAUCUGGAACUCAAAAGCAACAAGAAGAGGUUAUUGAAAAUGAGAAUCCCGAACAAAAUGUACCGACUGAACAAGAAGUUCCUGAAUAUCAAUCAAAGGAAAACGCUUCUGCUUGUCCUGAAGAGAAUGAAGCCCCUCAAAUUGUAGAAAAUGUCAACCCUCCUGUUGAGAAGAACAAGUUUCAGUUGAAACAAGAUUGUAUUUUGGAGUUGGCUGUUGCUGCUAAUGAACUUGCAAUGGCAAUGGAGAAGUUUCAGCUAAAGGCGCAACAAGCAUAUUCUGAUUUCCCAGAUGAUCAAAGAAUUCAGUCCUUGAGAGAUUCAGCUUCAGUUGUGUGGGACAACUGUUCUUCUACAAACAACGUCAACCAAACAGAGAAUGUUGUUACUCCCAAUCCAAAUAUAACAGAGAAUCAAUCUGGGAUUCCUCGUGAAGAGCGUGCUGAAAUUCCUCGUGAAGAGCGUGCUGAAAUUCCUCGUGAAGAGCGUGCUGAAAUUCCUCGUGAAGAGUCUGUUCUAAGAUUUAGCCAAGAUGAAGAUGAUGAGUUUUGGAGGAAUCCGAUUGUGAUUAAAGCUUGGGAUGAUAUUGUUGAAAAAGGGAUACGAAACAAAAAUGCAAGAUGUGCACAGGAGCUGGUACCCCCGUCCUUUAGCCUUGGUCUUGACUCACCGCUUAAUGAAACUGUUUCUGAAAUUGCUGCUGAUGUUUUACACAAAAUUUUGAAGGAUAACGAGGUUGAGGUGGAUGAUACUCUGCCAGGGAUAGACACUGUUAUUAAAUUCCAUGAAAAUGCAAUUUUUGAAGAAGCCGUGUUUUUAGAGAAAGAAGUGGCUGAAAGAGAACUGAGGUUGGAUAGAAGGAGGAAUCAGAAAAAGAGGGAUUCACCAACAAAAGGAAAAGGACCCUGUGAGGUAAACAAAAGGCAGAAGGUGGAGAAUAGGGAAGUUACUCUGUCGAAGUCUUUGUGCUCACCAUAUAAGGAUCGAAUGGUGAAUAUAAAAAGUGCGCUACACCUGCACAAAAAGCCAUUGUGGAUUAUGUGAUAAACCCUCAAGAACCUGCUGAUGAAAAACUUUUUGUGUGGAAAGUUGGUGAACGUGAUGAAUUUUCUUUGACAAGGCUUCAUUUUCAGUCAUUCAAACAAGGCAAUGGAAUGUUCUCUCCCAUAAUUGACGCUUGGUCGUUGAUUCUAAAUUCCAAA